AUGACCGACUACACCGGUAACACCAACACCUAUGACACGACGGGCUCUACAACGGGUUACGGUACCACGGGAACCACUUAUGACAACACUGGCUAUGGCGGCACAACCGGCACAACCGGCUAUGGCACCACGGACACUGGCUAUGGCACCACGGCUGGGACCACAGGCUAUGGCACCAGGGGUUACGGCACCACCGCUGGCACAUACGGCACCACCUACGACAACGGCUACGGCACAACCGCCUAUGAUCCCAGCACUGGAGCGUACGACCAGCACAUGGACUAUCGUACCGAUGGCUCGACGAGGCAUCACCGUGAAAGAGUGAAUCCUAGCGGCACAUAUCGACACCGCGAUGUCGAUCGCCGCGAUGACGGCACCACCCGUGUCCAUAGGGAAUAUGACAACCCUAAUACCGGGACCAGCUACCACCGGGACUAUGAGCGGUAG